UCGUAGACACAACACUGAUAGCUAACUGGGUUUACAGUUAGCUAUAGGACUAGUUAACAAGGGCAUGCUAUCCAUGUUACUUUGGGCUAUGAAGCGCCCUAUAAAACAUAUUUGUCGUUGUAAACAUACUGACAAUUGCAUUUUUUAAAGACUGGUGUUUGCUUUGCGGGUUAUAUAGUUGUGUGUUAUGGAUGGUACAGUCACAUUGCCUUUAUUGUUAAAGCUAUACAGAGAGGGAAUAUGGAUUGGGAUUUAUUAGUAGACGUUUGAGCGAUUUCACAACCACAAGUAAUACUAGAUAAGCGAGUGAUUCAGCAAGGUGUGUUUAUAAUAUAGACAACCUUUAGCUUUAAGCAAUUGAUUUUAGUGACGGUAACCUUCCUCGUUUUAUAGAUCUUCCGUGUGUGCAGGAAAACACCCAGAAAACCGAUAACCGGAUGAACUAUUGGGAAGGCAUAAACUUGAAUUGUAGAGGACAGUUAGUAUACUGACAGUUCGGGUGUUAUCGGCAGUAGAGCCGCCAACAAGAUGGUGAUUGUUGACUCUAUACAACAUAUACUAGAAGAACUAAUUAAAUAUAUACCGGAUGUAGUGUAUGAUUAUAUACCAGAAUCUAAAAUAACUAGAUCUUUAUUGAUUGGUACCGCAACAGGUGCUCUGGCUUAUAUUAUCUUUAAGAAGAGGUACCGUUUACCCCCCGGACCCUUUAAAUGGCCAAUAAUCGGAAGCACAGUUUUAUAUACCAAAGGUAGCAUAGCUAAGAAAUUCUUUGAUCUAUCUAAGCAAUAUGGUCCAGCAUUCACCCUCUACUUAGGAUCUUCCAGAAUUGUAGUUUUGAACCGUAUUGACGUCAUCAACGAGGCUUUACUUACAAAAGGGGCACAUUAUGCAAACAGAAUGAUACUUUAUUCAACUAAAGUCAUGUUGAAAAAUGGUGAUGAUAUUAUAUUUAGUAAUUAUAGCACUGAAUGGAAAUUGAGACGAAAAAUAGCCGGACGUGCAAUGAGGUUAUUUAUGGUCGGUGGUAGUUUUAAUAUAAAGUUAGAAGAAGCCGUAUCUAAAACAGUGGAAGUUAUGUUAAAAGAGAAAGGACCUUUUGAUCCUAAACCCUAUAUGUUCUUUACAACUUUAAAUAUUUUAGGGGCCAUGGUCUUCGGAACAAAAUAUGAUAUUGAUGAUGAAGAAUAUUUGACUUUUUUGAAUCAGCUGGAAGGAAUAUCUUCAGCACAAUCGGCGGGCAUGUUUAUAGAAAAUGUAUUUCCACCUGCGAGGUUAUUUCCUUCACAAAGGUUUAGACAGUUUACAGACUUACUCGAUCAGUUUAUGGAUCGUAUCGAUACACAUGUUCAACGUAUACGCAACACGUUUAAACCAGGUAAUAUUACUAACUUUACUGAGAGUAUACUUCAAGCCGAAAAAGAAAUCAAGGAUGACGGGGAAGAGAAUAUGACAGAUUAUAAAAGCAUUCACGUAGUUUCUACGGUAUUUGAUAUAUUUUUGGCUGGUAAUGACACAUCAAGACAAACAUUAUACUGGGCUUUAAUGUAUAUAGCUGGCAUGCCUGAUGUCCAGAAAAAAAUACAAGAUGAAGUGGAUUCUGUCGUUGGGAAUGAUAGAUAUCCUACCACAUCAGAUAGAGAAGGUCUCCCCUAUACAGAUGCUGUAUUACAUGAAGUAAUGAGAAUAGGAACGGUAGCACCCGUUGGUGUUCCUCACAUGACCAGCUGUGAUACCACGAUAGGAGAAUAUGAGGUUCCUAAAGAUACUCUGAUUUUCAUAAAUCACUGGGGAAUUCAGAAUGAUCCAGAUAAUUGGGAAGACGUGGAAAAGUUUAAACCAGAAAGAUUUUUAGAUAGUGAUGGAAAGAUGGCACCAAAACCUGAAAACUGGCUUCCGUUUAGUGCUGGGAGAAGAGUUUGUCUUGGAGAAACUAUGGCUAAACCAGAACUACAUUUAAUUCUAGCAGCUCUCUGUCAGCGAUUAACUAUCACAAUGGAACCUGGUGUUCCGGUUAAGAUAGGACCCAUGGUUAAAGGAUUAACAAUUGUGCCUCACCCAUACAAAAUUGUCGUCCAGGAACGAAUCAGAGCUUAAUGUGAUAAUCUGAAUCUGAAACAUUUUGAAUAUGAUUAAUGUCAUUUGUAUAAGGAACUCCUAAGACUAUCUGUGUAAUACAAAGAAUUAAAUUUGAGUAAAAUGAUUGGAAAAAGA